CAGAAUGUUAUCAGCACAGCAACAACAACAACAACAGCAAUCGAAUUUAGGUCCAACAAAACAAACAACAGGAACGAUAACAAAAAUUUUGGAUAAUUUUGGUUUUAUCGACGAUUCGGUUUUCUUUCCAUUAAGUGUUGUAAAAGGUGGAGCAUCACAAGUAAAAGUUGGUGAUAAAGUAUUUUUCGAAUGUACUUAUUCGAAAAAUUUACCAUUCAAUUGGAACGCAACCAUUGUACAACCGAUUCAUCAUCAUCAACAAUCAUCUCAAACGCAACAGCAACAGCCAUCACCAUCACAACAAUCGCAACAUUCAUUACAUCAAACAUCACAAUCUUAUCAACAACAUUCUCAAUCAUCAUCAUCAUUAUCAUUACAGCAACAACAACAACAAUCAUUGCAUAGUGUGGCGCCAUCUCAUCCAUCUUAUAAUCCAACACAAAUAUCAUCAUCAUCAUCAUCCCCAUCAUUACAAUCGAAUUUAAAUAAUAAUCCUUCUGCACAACAAACUAAUAUGUAUCAUUCACAUAAUCUUACCCAUCCACAACAGCAACAACAACAACAACAAUCGCAGCAACAUAUGCAAUCUGCUAAUCAUCCAUUAUCCGGUGGACAAUUAGGAUAUCCAUCAGCUGUUGCUGGCCAUUUAGGUCAUCAAUAUCAUCAUCCACAACAACAACAACAACAAUUAUCUUCUUUGAAUAGUGGACAAAAAUCAUUGCCAUAUGGUACACAGUCACCCCUAUCACAAUCAUCGCAGGUUUAUAAUCCAACAGUUGGUUAUCAUCCAACUGCUACUUCCGGUGGUUUACCAUCAUCACAAUCAACAGGAUCGACUAAUAAUUCAACAGUUGCGGCAGCAGCUGCUGCGGCCGCAGCCGCAACUGUAUCACCCGUAGAUUUAGCUAAAGCGGCUGCUGCUGUUGCACAAUUAUCUCAAUAUUGUACAACAACCACUCCGAUUGCUAAUAAUAGUACCGUUGGACAACAAUCACAACAACAACCACAAUCAAAUCCAGCUGGACAAUAUGGCAAUGUUGGUGGUGGUGGUGGUGUACCAGGACAUCAUCCUGGUCCCUUACAAUAUACAUCAACACCUGGUUCAGCAUUUAUAAGUUCACCAUUCAAUCAGCAGUCAAAACCUUCCCCUGGUGGCGGACCAUCAAGACAAGGACCUGGACGAUGGGAUCAUCAACGUGAUGAUCCACGUGCCGGUGGUGGUAAUCUUCGUGGCCCAAAUCGUGACGAUCCACGUUCUGCUGGCCGUUUUGGUCCGAAACAAUCUCGAUUUAGUGAUGCUAAUUCGGAAAGAUUUCAGGUACCCCCGAAACAACAACAACAACAACAAAAUUCUAGUCAGCCGACAAGUUUUAAUCGUGGUGGUCCAGAUUAUUCAUUAGGUGCUAAUCAACGUGGUGGUUUAGAUCCGAGAAAAUUAUCACAAACUAGUACUGGGCAUAAUGAUCAACAUUCGGUUUCUGAAGAUAGGGAUCGAUUUCAUAGAGAUAAAGAUUUUCGUCAAGAUAAUCGUCGUGUUGUUGAUCGUGAAUCAAAACAAAUGGAUAAUAAUAACCAGAAAAAUUUGGAACGACAAAAUGACAUUCAACAUCGUCGAGAAAAUCGUCGUGAUCAUCGUGAACGAGAUCGAUCAAUUAAUCGUGAUCGAACAUCAAAACGUUCGAUUUCACCAACACCAAGUUUAGCUAGUAAUAGUACGGCUGGUGGUGGUCAGUCUAAUCGUCGUAGUGAAUCAUCAUCAACAUCGAAUCUAAUGUCCUAUCUACCUAAGCGACGUUAUGAACCAUGUAAUAUACCGAAAUCAUCGAUUAUCAAAAAUCGAUAUAAUUCAAAUGAAUUAAAAUCACGUUUUGGCUCAAACACUGUACAUGUUCCAUCUGAUUUGAAAGAAAUUCUUUAUGAUGUUGAAAAUGAUUUUGAUCUAUUUGAUAUGCCUAAACCAAUUCUUUAUAAGAUUAUUGUUCCAGAUAAAAAAGAUAGUGCACAUCAUCAUCAUCAAUCACAAAAGGAAAAUUCAAAGAGUUCAAAAUCUACAGACAGUAAAUCGAAUGAUAAAACAAUGGAUAAUAAACAGAUGCAAAAAGAUAAGGAUGUUUCAAAAGAGGAAAAAGAAAAGCAAUCGGAACAGAAACAUCUGCAAAAAUCACAAGAGAAAGAAAGUGAUGGUGAGAAAAUUAAUGAAAUUGGUCAAAAAGAAGAGAAUAAAAACGAUAAUGAACAACAAUUGCAAGAUACAGCUGAUGAAUCUGAAUUAACUAUAGAAAUGGAUCAAUCGCAAACAAAUGAAAAUAUAUCAAUGACAACCGAAAAAGAGCAAGUCGUCGAUGAUGAAAAUGAACAAGAUAAAAAAGAAGAAUCAAGCGAAACAGAAAAACAAUCGAUCGAAAAUCAAGAAUCGAUUGAUAUGAAAAAAGAUCAGAAUAAUAAAAAUGAAAUUAAGGAAAAUAAAAUGGAUGUUGAUGAUAAUGAUACUGAUGAUCAUGAACAUGAUAAAACAAAAUUAAAAACAAAUGAAAUGGAUGAAUCUUUGAAACGUAAAGAUGGUGAAAAAGAAUCGAAACAAUUGAAAAAAUCUAUAAAAGUUUUGGGACAUAAAUUCAAUGUAAAAGUAUUGCUUAUAUCAUUACCAUCAUUGGCUGAAAUUUAUGAACGUUUAUUUGGAUCAGAAUUUCCCGGUCCACAAAGCCAUGGUGGUGGUGGUGGUCAUAAAUCAACAAAUCGUGUUCCACAUUUGCAUAAAUUAUUUCAAUUAUUAGUCACACGUAAUAGUAGUGAUGGAUAUUCAUUAAUUGGUGGAAAAUUUCAACGUGAUCUUGAUGGCUAUUUGAAUAAUGGUGAUCCAAAUCUAAUCAAUACAGCUAUACGUAUUGUUUGGGAACAAACUGGUCUAAAUCUUUCAUCAUGUAAACAAUGGCGUGUAUUUUCUACAUUCAUCUAUAAUCGUGACAAUUCAAUUGAUCCAUCCAAUGCUGGUUAUGAAGUGACAAAAAUAUAUUUUCCCGAUAUUUGGUCAUCAUUUGAAAGUAUUUAUCUGCCAAUGAAAAAUGUUACCGAAGAAACAAUCGAUACAGAUUUGAAAUCAACAACAAACAGCCAAUCGAUUAAUGAAGAAAUAAACCAGGAAUCCGAUGAAUCAUCAGUGAAAAAAUCGGUAGAAGAAUCCAAAAAAGAAGAAUCAAUGGAAACAAAAAAUGAUGCAAAUGUGACAAAAGUUCGUUCGAAACUUUCACCUAUGGAUCGUGUUUGCAUUAAAGAUGUAUCGAAUGAAAAUAAAAAAGAAUAUGUUGAGAAUUUAUUGCAAACAAUGGCCAAUCUUAAAGUGGCUGACUUGAAAAAUGAAUUGGAAAAAUUUUACAUUCGUUUUGAAAGUCGUUGGAAAAAAGAACAAUUAUUUCAACGUUUACAACAAGUAUGUCAAGAAUCAUUGCGAAUUCUUUCGGGUGAUGAUGAUGAUAAUAAUGAUGAUAAAAACGGUGAUCAUAAUGUUGGAGGUGAUUUACAAAAUGAUUUGACUAUUGGUAAAUCUGAAGAUAUUAAUAUGACUGAUGAUCAUUAUGAUGAAAAUUCGAAUCAAACGAUGGAUGAUGAUGAAGAUGAUGAUGAUUCGAAAUUGUUGCCUGGCCAGAAACGAAAACUUGAUGAUGAUUCUACCAAUGUUGCCGAUAAUAAUAAUGAUGAUGAUAAUGUUGCUGAUAAUGAAAAUGAAUCAAAAUCAAAAGAAACGAUUGUGAAAAAAUCUAAAUCCGAACAAGAAUCAUCAAAUGAUUUGAAAACAGAAGAAUCAUCAUCAUAUAAACAACAUCAGCAACAAUUGUUGGAUAAAAAUUUUACAGCCAUUCCAUCAUCGAUUAAAGUAAAAGCUGGUUCUGGUCAACUUCCAUUAUCAUUAGUAACAUUACAUUCGGCAUUGAAUCCACAUCGUUUUGAUCAAUUUGAAUUGAUUAUUGUUUCGGAAUUUUUACGUGAUUCAUUGACCAUACAUUUUGCUCGUUAUAUACUAUCUUCAAUCGUUGAAUGUAUAAUGCAACAAAAAUCAAUUAUACCGGCUAAUACAAAUACGGAUGCAAAUACCAGCAACAUUGGUCGUAUAUCGACACCAAUCAAUUAUGUUCAUCUGGCAUUUUCUUAUUUUGAAAAAGGACAUUGCGGUUAUAUGGUGGCUGAUGAUCUCAAUACAUUGUUACAAUCAACCGGAUUUGUACAAUCGAGAAAAACAUUUCAAUCACUAGUCUCAUCAUUAUUAUCAUUGGCUAAUGUUAAUGUAUCAUUAUCAUCAUUGAUGAAUGAAAGAAUAAUGUACAUAUUUUUUCCACAACCAUCACAAUUAAUAACACGACAGAUAUAUUAUCCAGCUAUUUCAUCCAAAACCAAUCGAAAUAUAACUACUAUUGGUUCGAUCGAUGAUGAUAACAAUGAAUCGACAUUGAUUAUCGAAAGAAAUUCUAUACAAUAUAAUGUUGAUGAAUUGAUUAAACAAUCGGAACAGGAUCAAAAAAUUAAGGCACGUUUACAGGAUACAAUGAAUCAAACAAAUAAAAAGAUUGCAUAUUUAGAAAAUUAUGUACAAGAAUUGGAAACUAAACAAAAGAAAAUGACAGCUGCAACUGGCCGACAAAAUGAUGAACUUUGUGCUAUAAAACGUGAUCGUGAUCAGAUUAAAACAAAGUAUGAACAAAUGAAAAAAUUUUGUCUAAAAUCUAUGGAUGAUUUGAAUGGAUUGAUGAAAACACUUGAAGGUAGUACAAAUGAUCCGACAUUACAAUCAUCAAUGGAUACAACAACUUUGGCUACCGCUUCUACUACCGUUGUAACAGAAACAGCCAAUGGAAUUAAAUAAUUUAUUUCGAGAAUAUUCAACAUUAUAAUUAAAUUCUUUGAUCGAUGAAUUAUUUUUCCACUAUUCUAU